CCUUUGGUAAUGUUUCGCUGGAUGAAGCCACACAUUCCGCAUCUUUUAAAAUCCCCCAUGGAUCCACGUCCUGUACUUGAAACUGAGCCAGAAUCAACUGACCUUUGUCCCUGAGGCAAAGAUUUGGUUCCGGAGCCCGGUCCAGGGACAUAAGGAUAGAGUGGAUCUGAGCUCUUCUAAAGUAGGAAACCUCACGUCGCACUCCAGAUCCGUCAGAGCCGGGGAGACACUGCCACACCCAGCUCACUCCGACAGCAGAGAUGGAUCUGGACAUGAAGGUGUGGAAGCGAGUGUUCCAGGAAUUAAUUCAGGAGGUGAAGCCGAGGCACACAUGGCAACUCACACUGGACAAAAGCCUUCUUCCUAACAUCCUGAAGCCAGGGUGGGCACAAUACCAGCAGUGGACCUUCGCCUGGUUCCAGUGCUCCUUGUGCUCUCGAAAUUGGGCCUCCGCCCAAGUUCAGGUCCUUUUCCACAUGCACUGGAGUAAGGGUGAAUCCAUGGGGCAGGUGAAGAUGAGAGUCUUUGCCCAGAGAUGUCAGAAGUGCUCCCAGCCUUCGUUUGAGGUUCCCCAGUUCACAGAAGAGAAUAUCUCAAGGAUCCUGAACAACCUGGUGUUGCAAAUUCUGAAGAAAUGCUAUAGAGAAGGAAUUAAGUUUGUGAAGAGUCCUAUGAUCAAGGACGUUGCUCUCCAAGGGCCACAUAACAGUGACAACUGCGAGGCAUGUCUGCAGGGCUUUUGUGUCCAGAAUGACGUCGGUCCGGCCGUGCAGUCCCCUACAGCCCUGUCAUUUCCCACAAUAAGCUCACCCACCCUCGGGAUCACCGCUGAAAUGCCUUCUCCCAUGAGUGGGAGCACCAGAGGGGAGGCAGUAAAGAAAAAGAAGGUACUGCCCAGAUCGUGGUUUCCUGAGCCCACACCAGCUGGGAGCCUCCCUACUGCCUGGAGCCCAAGAACAAACACCAGUUUCCAGAAGGAGAAAAGAGACCAUGAUUCCUCCUGCGACCAGAGCUUCUAUUCCCACCCAGCCCAGCAUCCCAGGAGCACAGGCAUGCGUUGCUGCUGUUUUAUCCUAAUUUUAAUUGUAAUUAUAAUCAUCAUCAUAACUGUAAUUGUGGUAAAAGUCACUAUCUGAGCCUCAAAAGCUUGAUCAGUGAGUUUAAAAAAUCAGACAUGCAGUCAUCUACUAUAUAAUCCCACUGAUGCAAAAUAUUCAGAUUAGGUAAAUCUACAGACAGGAAGUAGACUUGGGGAUGCCAAUCAAAGGAUGGGGAAAAAGGUGGGAGGGGGGUUCAAGAUGGGGAACACAUGUACACCCAUGGCGGAUUCAUGUCAAUGUAUGGGAAAACCAAAACAAUAUUGUAAAGUAAUUAGCCUCCAAUUAAAAUAAAUUUAUAUUUAAAAAAAAGGAUGGGGAAAGGGGAAAUGGUGAAUGACUAUAUAAUCUAUAUGGUUUUUUGGGGGGGUGACAGAAAUGUUUUAGAGGUGAUGGCUGCAUAACACUGUGAAUGCACCAAAUGCCACUGCAUUGUUCGCUUUAAAAUGGUUAAUUUAAUGUAAAGCUCCCCUCAACGGGAAAAAACAAAACAAAACCAAAAACACUGCAAUUUCAUUCGUUCUCUACAGAACUGGGACUGAGGCAUUUAUGGCCCAUGGAACCAUUUGGAAAUUUCAUGAAACCCCAGGCCCCUCUCACCAGAAAAUUUUGCACAGAUCCUCUGUUGUCAGUCUGUGGAGGUGUUUCCUGUUCAAAGCAUUUGCCUGAAAAUCUGGGUUCUAGGUCAGAGGUCUCCACUGAGGUGCUAACACACAGUUGAGGGGUGUGGCAGAAAGUUCCACCACGGUCAGCAGUUUUCCUUCCAAGGUCCAUUUAACUUAUUCUUUGUACUUUACUAUUUCUUGUCACAUGUUUUGUAAUGUAUGUUAUUAGUAGGAUGUGAUAGUGAUGUGAUAAAUAAAUACACAGCCAUUUGGCGUGU